AUGGCGGAUUCAAGAGAUAGCAAGUCGUACAAAUAUCGCCAGGAGAUCAGUCAGAUGAUGUACGUCUCGGGCGAAACCGCAGAACCACCCGUCGAAACAACAAGUAUCAUCGAAGACAUUGUCCGCCAACAGGUCAUCGAACUCCUCCGAAACUGCACCGAACUCGCUUCGCGUCGCGGUUCAAAAUCCAUCAGCAUCAACGAUCUCAUCUUCCAAAUCCGCCAUGACCAAGCAAAAGUCUCUCGUCUGCGCACGUUCCUCUCGUGGAAAGACGUGCGAAAGAACGUAAAGGACUCCGAUGACAAGGGCGCUGAUGCCGAUAUUGCUGCUGGCGACGACCCCGUGGCUGCGGGUGAUAACACAACAGAUGAUACAGCCAAGAAGAACAAAAAGGCAAAAGUCGGUUUGCCGUGGGAGCCUUCGUCGUACUACAACGUCGAAGUGCCCGAGCGCGAGGACGAAGAGGAUGAAGAGGAGGAGGAGAUGAACUACAUCACACUGCAGCGUCUGCGCAAAGCAGAUGAGCGCACCAAGGCCAUGACGAAGGAGGAGUACGUUACAUGGUCUGAAUACCGUCAAGCAUCAUUCACCUACCGCAAAGGCAAGCGAUUCCGCGAGUGGGCUGGCUUCGGCAUCGUCACAGACAGCAAACCCUCCGACGACAUCGUCGAUAUUCUCGGCUUCCUCACCUUCGAGAUGGUCCAGACCCUCACCGAGAUGGCGCUCAAGGUCAAGGAGCAGGAAGAUCUAGUCCGUGCUCAGAACGGAGGCGACAAUGUUGGAAAUGCGAAGAAGCGGAAGCACGAGGGCGCCUUGUUCGAUUUCCCUAGUGAGGGAAAGACGCCAAUCGAGCCUCGCCAUGUGCAAGAAGGGUCCCGAAGAUUGCAACAGAGGCCAAAGAAGUCGAGGGCCAUGCUCAACGGCACCAGAAUUGCACAGCAUACCCCUCUCAACAUCUUCUAG